AUGCUUAACGCUGGUAUAUUCAUAUUAAGUUCCUGUCUUACUCUGGCAGUGGCGUACGGGACGAGCACUGACUCCACAGGCAAGCGACAGUACCGGAUUCAGAAUGGCCAGUGCAGCUACACCUUUCUGCUGCCCGAACAGGAGAACUGCAGAAACUCGCCCAGCACCUACAGCAACCUGGUCCAGAAAGACGACCCAGCCGAAUACGAUGACUCCAUGCAGAGACUGGAGCAGUUGGAGAACAUCAUGGAAAACAACACCCAGUGGCUUCUAAAGCUGGAAAACUACAUCCAGGAGAACAUGAGGUACGAUGUGGCCCAAAUUCAGCGCAACGCGGUGCACAACCACACAGCAGCAAUGAUUGAGUUUGGGACCAACCUGCUCAGUCAGACGGCAGAGCACACACGAAAGCUGACAAAUGUGGAAGCACAGGUUAUAAAUCAAACAACACGGCUUGAACUUCAGCUUCUUGAGAAUUCACUGUCAACGAAUAAACUGGAAAAACAGCUCCUUCUCCAGACAAAUGAAAUAAGCAAAUUGAGUGAAAAGAACAGUUUCCUGGAGAAGCGUGUGGAGGAGAUGGAGGGGCAGAGGCUGGUGGAGCUGAAUAGCCUGAGGGAGGAGAAAGAGCAGCUCAAGCAGCUGGUUCAGAGACAGACUGAUGUCAUCAAGGAGCUGGAGCAGCAGUUGCUCCACGCUACCUCCAACAACUCCGCCCUGCAGCGACAACAACAGGAGCUGCAGGAGACCGUCAACAAUCUAAUCGACACCAUCUCUGUCCCCACCCUGAGAAAGUCAGCCAUGAUGCAAGACACUCCUAUGCAGUACAAAGACUGUGCAGCAGUGUUUAAAUCAGGGAACACAGAGAGUGGUGUGUACACUUUGACCUUACCGAACACUACCCAACAGAUCAAGGCUUACUGUGACAUGGAGACAGAUGGAGGAGGAUGGACAAUACUGCAGAAACGAUUCAAUGGCAAUGUUGACUUUCACCGGACGUGGAAAGAGUACAAAACGGGGUUUGGAGACACAGCAGGUGAACACUGGCUGGGAAACGAGUACAUCUCUCUACUGACCAAUGAACAGCCGUAUAUCCUCCGCGCUGAUCUCAUGGACUGGGAGGGAAACUCAGCUUUCUCCCAGUAUGACCAGUUCUCUCUCAGCAGUGAAGCACAGAAUUACAGGAUACACCUUAAAGGUUACAGUGGAACAGCAGGCAAAAUCAGUAGCCUUGGUCAGCCAGGAAGUGAUUUUAGCACAAAGGAUGCAGACAAUGACAAAUGUGUUUGCAAAUGCUCUCAACUGACCUCAGGAGGCUGGUGGUUCGACGCCUGCGGCCCCUCCAACCUCAACGGAGUGUAUUACCAGCUGGGACAGAACACUAAUCGCUUCAAUGGGAUAAAAUGGUACUAUUGGAAAGGCUCAGGCUACUCACUGAAAGCCACUACAAUGAUGAUGAGACCAGCAGACUUCUGACACUCAGAUAGCCUUACUCUCUGAGGGUGAAUUAUGCCAAGCCAGCUUUCAAACUCCUUCAGUUUGCCACUAUAUGGCGGGGAGAAAACAAAACCUGACUUCAACACAUCUAUCUCUUCAACAUAUGGAAAAUGGAGGUUUGAAAUUUUUGUGCUCUUGGUUCUAUAGUGUAAA